CUUUGUUGCUCCUUUACCAAAGCUCCUUCUACUCGUGAAUUUCUUUCAAUGGAAGUCCGGCAAAUCUAACCGUUUUAUGUUCCCUUUUUCUCAAUCAUGGACUCUCCUAGCCCGCCUUCAAUGCGGGUUUUGACCCGCCCACCUCCUUCACCCGUACCCACUUCUUCGAAUCCUCCCCCUCCGUUACCAGCCUCCUCACCUUCACUUCCCCGCUCUCCCGACGGCGUCGUGGUGGUGGGUUUCGUAUCUCGGAGACCCGACAAUUCUUCCCAGCUCAUUAACAGAGUUGUAGACUCCAACGUGUUCGGGUCAGGUCAAAUGGACCGGGUUUUGUCUCUUGACAGAGAUGAACUCAGUGAUUGGUUCAAGCAUAUGAGGAUUAAUUACUAUCAUGAAGAAGAUAAAGGGAUCUUGUUCCUACAAUUUUCUUCAAAUGGAUGCCCGGUUUUUGAUGGGUCAAUGACUUCCGGGUCGGAUUUUGAUGGGGUUGUGGAGGAACGGGAGUUCGAGGAUCUUCAAGGCUUGCUUUUUAUGUUCUCUGUGUGCCACAUUAUUGUAUACAUUCAGGAGGGAUCUUGUUUCAAUACUCAAAAUUUGAAAAAAUUUCGGGUGUUGCAAGCUGCUAAGCAUGCAUUAAUCCCAUAUGUAAGAUCUCGAACAUCACCAUUGCCAUCAAAGCCUCAUUCUUCCUCAUCUUCUCGCUCUUCAGCAACAGCAAUUGCUGCCAAAACUUCUCCAGGUAGAACUGGUGGCAUGUUAGGUCGCAAUGCGUCAGCUAUCUCUCUCAUGUUAGGUGUAGGUUCUUAUACUUCUUUGUUUCCAGGCCAGUGUACCCCGGUGAUGCUAUUUGUUUUCAUUGAUGAUUUCUCUGAUGUACCUAAUUCUAAUGCUAAUAACAUCGAGGAGUCAGUAAAGGCAUCCUCACUUAAUCAUUCAUCUAGUUCAAGCAGUUUAGCAAAGCCAAUGUUGCCCACGAAAGGUUCUGCCUCUGUAGUAGUGUUAGCACGUCCUGCAAGUAAUUCUGAAGGUGGUUUCCGGAAGAAACUGCAGUCAUCCCUCGAGGCACAGAUCCGUUUUUUAAUUAAGAAAUGCCGAACACUAUUGGGUUCAGAAGACAGCCACAGUGGGCCAAGAAGUGCGAGUGUUUCAAAUUCAGCCCCUCUGUUUUCGCUUGAUGCAUCCAGGGCUGUUGUGCUGUUGGACAAGUCAACAACUAAGAAUGGGGAAUCUCUGGAGUUUGCCACUGGUCUUGUGGAAGAUGUUUUGAAUGGAAAAGCGACUUCAGAUUCUUUUUUGCUCGAAACUCAUAGUCAAAGUUCAAGCAAAGAAGAUCUAUCAUCUUUAAAGGAAUUUAUCUACAGGCAGUCAGAUAUUUUGAGGGGAAGAGGGGGAUUGACUAACACCAAUAGUGGCCCUGCUGCUGGUGUUGGUUUGGUGGCCGUUGCUGCCGCCGCCGCCGCCGCCUCAACUGCCUCUGCGAAGACAUUGACUACGCCUGAACUCCCAACUUUAGAUAUAUGGCUGUCUUCUAGUCGGCUUAUUUUGCAUGGACUACUCUCUGCAAAGCGUGGUUUUAUAGAUGAAACUGAGAUUGGUAAAAGAAAACCUCGUCGAAGAACUGCUUCUGACCAGGGUGAAGGGGUUGCUUCUAGAAGCAGCGAAUCUCUAGAUAUUGCAGUAUCUUGGUUGGAAAGUGGUAAAGGGAUUAACACAAAGUUUUCUAGUUUGUGGUGUGAAAGGGCCCUUCCAGCUGCAAAAGAGAUUUAUUUGAAAGAUUUGCCUGCUUGGUAUCCCACAUCACAGCAUGAAGCUCAUUUGGAAAGGGCUCUGCAUACUUUUCAUUCAAUGGUCAGGGGACCUGCAGUGGAACUGUUUGCAAAGAAGCUGGAGGAAGAAUGCACAUCAAUAUGGAAGUCUGGAAGACAACUUUGUGAUGCUGUUAGUUUGACUGGAAAACCAUGUUUGCACCAAAGACAUGACAUUGAGACAGAUGAGUUACCUUCAGGAGCUUUGAUGAAACCUCAUUCAAGUGGAUAUGUCUUUCUUCAUGCUUGUGCUUGUGGUCGGACGCGGAGAUUGCGAUCUGACCUUUUCGAUUUUGAAUCGGCAAACAUUUCCUCCAAUUCCUUUUCCUGACUGUGACAAGCUUCUGUCAGCGCUCCAGCUACCAGAAGUAAGCAGCAAAGGACCAAUUCAACCAUCUUCCUGGAGUUUGAUUCGUAUUGGCAGUGCAAGGUACUAUGAACCUUCUAAAGGCUUACUUCAGAGUGGGUUCAGU